CCCCGAGAUACCUCGCCAGCAAGUCUCAAGUUGACGCCUGGAGCAUGGCAAAGCUCUCCCUCGCCUUACUGGCCCUCUCUAGCUUCGCCAGUGCCUCAUAUCUCCAACAGAUCCUCCCGGCCUACUCCCUCGACGACAUCAUCAAUGCCUCGCCCUUUCUCUCCCUCCACCGGGACCUUGUCCAGAUCCCCUCGGUCUCGGGCAACGAAUCCGCCGUGGGAGACUUUCUCACCGAAUACCUCGAAGCCCGGGACUUCACCGUCGUCCAACAGCCCGUCCUGGCCCCCGGCUCCUCCCAACCCCGGUACAAUAUCUUCGCCUACCCAUCAUCCGCGGGGCAAUCGCCGCCGGAAAUCCUCUUGACCAGCCACAUCGACACCGUUCCGCCCUUCAUCCCGUACUCCCUGCACCGCACGUCCGCCGACAUUCUCAUCGCCGGCCGCGGCACCGUCGACGCAAAGGCCAGCGUCGCGGCCCUCAUCUACGCCGCCCUCGAAACCCUCUCCCGCCACCCGACCGCCCCGCUGGCCCUGCUCUUCGUCGUCGACGAGGAAGUCGGCGGCGCCGGCAUGCAGGCCUUCUCCGCAAACACCACCCUCAACACCGCAGACUACCACACCGUCAUCUUCGGAGAGCCCACAGACCUUGCCCUCGUCGCCGGCCACAAGGGCCUGCUGGGGCUCGAAGUCGUCGCAACCGGCCAGGCCGCGCAUUCAGGCUACCCCUGGCUCGGCGAGAGCGCCGUCUCAGCCAUCCUCCCCGCCUUAUCCAUCCUCGACAAACUCGGCGACCUCCCCGCCGCCGACGGCGGACUGCCCGCGAGCCCCAAGUACGGCCGCACCACCGUCAACAUCGGCCACGUGGUUGCCGGCGUCGCGGCCAAUGUGGUCCCCGCGUCGGCCGUCGCUACGGUGGCGGUGCGCUUGGCCGCGAGCACGCCCGCGGAAGCGCGCGCGAUCAUCCGCGCGGCCGUGGCCAACGCGACGACGGCCGACAAUCCGCAUGGUGUGGUUUUGGAUUUCCAGAAACAUGCGGGCGCUUAUCCGCCGCAGGAUCUGGAUGUCGACGUGCCGGGGUUCCCUGUGACAACGGUGAAUUAUGGAACGGACGUGCCGAAUCUGGAGCUGCGCGGGGGGCCCGCUGUGAAGAGGUAUCUGUAUGGGCCGGGGAGUAUUCAUGUAGCGCAUGGCGAUACCGAGGCGAUUACCGUUGGGCAGUUGGAGGAGGCGGUUAGGGGGUAUACGCGAUUGAUCGAGGCAGCAUUACAUUAAUACAUAUAUAUAUAUAUAUAUAUAUAAUUUAAAAAAAAAGCAAAUGAAUAGUUACCUUGUUACUUACUACCUAGAUAUAUAUAUAUAUAUAUAUACAGAACAGCAGAUCUAAUAAGAC